AUGAGGUACAAUGAUGUAGAGCCUGUUGUGUACAACUUCACUUAUCUCCUGAAAGUUUGCGGAGACGAGGCAAAUCUUAGAAUGGGAAAGGAGAUUCAUGGGUUGCUGGUGAAGAGUGGGUUCUCGUUGGAUUUAUUCGCCAUGACUGGGCUUGAGAAUAUGUAUGAGAAACGUAGACAGGUACACGAGGCAUUAAAAUACAUGUGCAAUGGCCAAACGAUGAAGAUGGCUAGAGAAGGAGAACCGCCUUGCAGUGCAAGAAACUUCCUCCACCUUGCUCCUCUAAACGUGAGUUGGCUAAGGUGA